CACUGACGACAGCAGAACGCGACAGAUUGAGUGAGAUUUACCAAACACUUGUGGGUUGCUGUUUCUUUCACAUCGCAAACAGACAGCGUUAUCGAAGUAUUACAUUAGGCAUGGAAGCGAGGCCGUAAAUUAUUCGAUUGUGGUCCUCAUUUAGCCAAGGCAGAAAACGAAACCGCCGUUUCUGAGCUCUUUAAUCACGCACGCAACAUUACAUCUCGCAGUGAAAUACUGCCUUGGAUCGUUACCAUGACUUUGAGCAUGGACAUCAGCGUUUCUUUUCUCAAGUGCGAACUCGCCUCUACUAUCGACCAGGCGGUAAGAUGCGCCGUCGAAACGGUUUUAAAAGAAACGGCGCGAGUUGUUGGCAUAAAGCUGGCCGCGGCUCGAAACGCAGCUGCAGAGUCGCACAAAGAGAACCAGACCCUGCGCGAGAGACUGGAGAUCUCCGAGAGCGAGCUGAAAGCAGUGCGCUACUACAUGACCGCGGCCGAAAAGAAUAUCAAACAGUGUUUACUUCUCAACAGAAACCAGCCCGGGUCGAAUCUCGUGCGACCAAACGUAGACGACGCACUUUUUGUGAUUCCGUCGCGCGCUGCGGAUGGAAGCCCCACAUUACAGACUCAAAGCAGAGAUUCCUCCCGCAAGAGCUUACGAAACUCACCGGGAAGAAUCCACAAUCCCAGAAAUCUCCCUAGUGUUGGCCUCUGUCUCCCCACGGUGCAGUCAGACUGGCCUCGGGAGUGCGUCAAUCGCAGAAAGGCAAGAGGAGGGACCUCAGUAGGCAACAGUUUAGAACUCGCGAGUGACCCCACGACCUCACAAACUCUAGUGGAAAACAACCCUGCUCUCUUCAAACCAGAAGACGAGACACAGGGCUCGUUUUACAUCACGAAUGAGGGUGAAAAAGACAACAGUUCUGCGGUAACAGACAGUGAGAGGAGACAUGAGCAACCAGAAAAUCCAGACCCCUCCGCAAACCCACCAGAGGAUCCGUCUGACAUGACAAAGUUUGAGUUUGAAAUGAGCACGCCAGCUGGGAACGUUAGUGAGCUGGAGCUGAUACAGGUGAUGGAGGACUCCGAUGACGUCAAACAGGGCACUAUUAAAAUCGAAGACGACCCUGAUUCCCUUACGUUAGAGCCCCCUGUCGCAUCUUCCUCCAACUCCAUGCAAGAGUUGGCACAGAUCUCCUCUCCGUCGUUGCGGGAGAGUGACGGUGAUGCUUUGCUGGCCUUGGCAGCGCCUGUUAGUAGCGACUCGGGGUUCAGCCGGACUAUCGAGAGCCCCGAUAAAGUGCACCGCUGCAACAUUUGCGGCCGGGGCUUCAGGCGUUUCUACUGCUUGAAAACACACCAGCGCAUACACACGGGAGAGCGUCCGUAUCCUUGCAGAUAUUGCGAGAAACGAUUCCGCCAUUUGGACAGCUUACACAAGCACCAGCGCAUUCACACAGGAGAGAGACCAUACCGCUGUGCUGAGUGUGGAUGCUGCUUCAGAGAACUCGGUCAGCUCAAAAAGCACAGACUCAAACACUCACCCACUUUUGUUCCGGUGGCCAAUCCCACCUUCCCUCUCCUCCCAGCCGGACCCUCCUACGUUUGGCCGCAUCUCAACACGCAGUCUUUGGACUCGGUCUAGGAGUGUCUUUUCUAAGCGUGGUAAUUGUGGAAACUGGUACGGUAUUACAGCAGUAUUCAUUGAUGUUACAAAAACAUGUUUCAAACGGAUUAAAGUGCAAAAGAGCACAACCAUAAAGCACAAUAAUAACGAAUUAACCGUUAUCUAGCUGUUUUUUUUUUUCUGGGCUGGUGUGUUUUAGUCCGGAUUACAAUGUACGGUGUAAACAAAUGCGUAAUAUAUAACGCUUAGUAUUAAAUACACAAUAUUUUGCUUCUCGUUUUUAUAAAUACUGUAGCAAAUGCAAAAUCCGAAUGGUUGCUUUGAAAGCAUUUAAAUACUAUUUGACUUUAUUCAGUUGAGAAACAGGAAUGUUUUUAAGCAGCCACUUUGUGUUCAGGGGUACCCACUGUACUGCUUUUCUGUAAGUGCCACACACCGUUGGAGAGUGCAUUUUCAAUUACAUUUGGCCUGUUUGCUUUUUGCUUUCUUGAAAACGUGAGAUCAAUGUGAAAGUGAGCAUAAAUGUCAUGCAGUGUCAAAUUUUAAAUGGUUGAUGGAAAAUAAGCUAAUGUGCAGUGCUGUCUAACAACAAAUCUUUUUACGAUUCAGAAAACGAGGCUCCCUAGAAUUACUUGCUAUGUUUUGAAGCGUGCAUGAUUACAAUACUGUAUGUUCUUUACCACAGCGUACUGUGUUACCAGAUACCAGCGCACGUCUGAAUCAGUCCAAGGCCUAGAGAAGAGACAGUGAAUACAUAAUUUAUGAGAAUAUUUGUUACGGUACAAAACACAUAACAGAUACACUUUGUUCAGUAACAGUUUUGCCAGAUUUACGUUUCCCAGAUUAGUUUGUCCAUUGUUCAUUUAUACACACACACACACACACACACACACACACACAUUCAUUUAGAUUCAUGUCAUACAUGCUGCAGCAUAACUAUAAUGAGUUGUUUUCAUACAUAAAAACAACAAUGCAAGUGUUACAGUAUGAAACUUUUCAAACGGUUCCAGCUAUGAUUAAACUUUCACAAUAAGGCAUUUUCUUGUCUCCAGAUCUGAUUUUUACCAACUCUGAUGCAUAGCAUAUGCAGCACUUCAAAGACACCCAUCAGAAUAAAGUAUAGCCUGACAAAAAGGCAGAAAGUACCACA